AUGUUCCUGGGCGAGGCCGCGGGACUGCGGGCGCUGCGCGCGACGAACGCGUUCGUCGUGCCGGAGGUGUACGGCGUCGUCGGCGCGCCGGAGGGCGCGCGAGGAUGGCGCUCGGCGAUCGCGAUGGAGUACCUGAACUUCGGCGGUCGAGGAGAUCAGGGCGAGUUCGGGAACGCGCUGGCGACGAUGCACGCGGCGACGCCGAGCCACGAGGAGGCGCGAAAUGGGAAGUUUGGAUUUGAGCGGAAUAACACCAUAGGCGAGACGCCGCAGCCAAACCAGUGGACGGAGUCGUGGUUGGAGUUUUGGCGCGAUAAGCGCUUGAUGCACAUGAUUCGACUCGCGAGAGAUCCCACGCUGACCCAGUUAGCGGAGAAAGUGGUCGAUAAAAGGCUGGCUGAUAUGUUUAGCGCGUGCGGAGAGAUCAAACCGUCGCUCUUGCACGGCGACCUCUGGAGCGGCAACAUAGGAACCGUGGGGAGAAAGCCGAGCGUCUUCGACCCGGCGGUGUAUUACGGCCAUCACGAGGCGGACUUCGGGAUGUCUUGGUGCGCUGGAUUUACGCCCGCGUUUUACGAGGCGUACCACGCGAAAAUCCCAAAGGCGCCCGGUUUCGAAGAACGCGCCAAGAUGUACAAACUUUACCAUUAUUUGAACCACUACGUGAUGUUCGGGGGCGGGUACCAACGCGAAUGCUUGAGCAUACUGAAAGAGCUCGCGUGA